UUUCAGAACCCUCUUUCUGUCUUCUGUAAUAAGACAUUAAGAACCAUCUCGUACUUUUCAUCUAUAUACUUUUGUAAAUGGGAAGAGUUCCUUGCUGCGACAAUAAUGGACUCAAGAAGGGUCCGUGGACACCAGAGGAAGACCUUAAACUCAUCAACCACAUUCAGAUUCAUGGACCAGGCAAUUGGAGAGCGCUCCCUAAAAGUGCUGGUCUAGAAAGGUGUGGUAAGAGUUGUCGCCUUCGAUGGACAAAUUACCUGAGACCCGAUAUAAAGAGAGGAAGAUUCUCCCUAGAAGAAGAAGAUAUUAUUAUUCAGUUGCACAGUAUCUUGGGAAACAAAUGGUCAGCUAUAGCAGCUAGGUUACCAGGAAGAACUGAUAAUGAAAUAAAGAAUUAUUGGAACACCCACAUUAGAAAGAGGUUGCUUCGAAUGGGAAUUGACCCAGUUACACAUGCCCCACGCCUUGACCUACUUGACAUGUCCUCUAUUUUAAGGUCAGUGUUAGGGAACCCCUCCCUUUUGAACAUGCAAGGCUUGUUAGGUGCCCAUGUUUUGAUGAACCAAGGUUUCAUGAACUUGUCUGCCACUGCCUCUCUUCUAUCCAUCAAGAACGAUGAGAACCCUAAUUUGGCUUCACAAAACUAUGCACAAAGCCAAGGUGCCCCACCACAAGACUUAACUCAGUUUCAAAGGCCUGUAGAAGGUUUCUCGGGAAACUUGAGCUGUUCAAGUUCUCCUCCACUGAGUUCAACUCCUGAUUUGGGUGAGAAUGAGAACCUUGUUUUGCAACAAAACCAAGUUGGUUUGUUAGGGAAUUACCCUGCUUUGGUGCACUCCAUGAACAAUGCAAGCCAAAACAUGGGGUUUGAUUCAUCAUCCACGUAUGUGAAAAGGGGAGUGGAGGAAGAAAAGGAUAGCUUUUGUGGUGACUUGUUUGAGUUCGAAAUUCCAGAGAGUUUUGACAUUGGUGACAUUUUUUGUAGUGUCCCACAAACUUUUUAGUUGAUGUAUUAGUCUAUUUAUAGUUAUCUGAAGGCGUGGCUUGUGUUUGUGUUGCCCCCUUUUGGAUGCAUAUGUAUAUAUACAAUAUA